AGUUGCGGCGCGACUCUUGAGCGUUGCGGAGCUGUGCGGGGGGCGUGUACAGCGCCAGUCUGCUGGCGCCAUCCGAGCGCGCCGGCGCGCCAACACAUUGUCGAGCGGAAGCAUUCCUUACUACCUUUGGUAGGCCCGAGGCGGUAGCAAACAAGAACCACACAAAAACUGUCAGUCUCAUAACAGCUAGGUAAUGGAUUAAUACACGUGUUUGAAAAGAACCAGUGAUUCAGGGAGGAGCGACGCAAAAUUGCGUGGACUAGUAGAUUAUAAAUAAACAGUGCUCGUGUCGAGGGAGCGAAAAAAUAAAUUUGCUAGCCGACCUAUAGGGGGUGGUCAGUCACGAAUGGUUAAGUGCGCUAAUAGGGCUGAAUACCGGACGAGAAUUGUUGGUCCGCUGCAGAGAUGACCGGUGCUUCGGAGUGCGUAGUGUCGGCAGGAGUGGCGAAAGGUGCGUGAGGCCGGUGAGCAGUAGCGGUCUCCAGGAGGGUCCAGUGCGAGCAUCCGUGGCAUGACGGGCGGCCGGAGGCGGACGACGUCGUCUUCGGCGGCGGCUGCGGGGGCGGUGGCGGCCCGCUACGAGGCGCACCUGCUGCUCGCCGCCGCCGUGCUCGCCGCGGUGCCGGCGCUCGGACAAGGCCCGCUGGUGGAGGUGCAGGCGAUCGUGCGCGGCACGGCGCUGCUGCCCUGCGACAUCGAGCCGCCCGCGCCCAACGACAGCGUCAUCCUCGCCAUCUGGUUCAAGAACGAGAUGACGCCCUUCUACAGCUACGACGCGCGAGGCCGCGCCUCAGAGUCGGCGUCGCACUGGCGCGACAAGGCGAUCCUGGGCGAGCGCGGCUACUUCCGCACCGUCACCACGCCGGCCACGCUGUCGCUCAGCGAGAUCUCGGAGCGCGACGAGGGCGUCUACCGCUGCCGCGUCGACUUCCGACAGUCGCCGUCCCGCAACACCCGCCUCAACCUCACCGUCGUAGUUCCUCCGCAGCGGCCAACCAUCUUCGACGAACUGGGCCGUGAGCUGAUGGACCGCGCAGGACCGUACGAGGAGGGGGGCCAGAUGCGGCUCACUUGCAUCGUGACUGGAGGGCGGCCACCACCCACGGUGCUGUGGUGGCGUGGAGAGCGGCUGCUGGAUGCGCUGGAGCUGCCCAGCUCUUCGUCCUUCCCAAACGUCCGCAAGAGCCAGCUAGUGGUACCGAGGUUGCGGCGUGCAGACUUAGGCGCCAUCUUCACCUGCCAAGCGGCCAACAACAACAUUAGCCAGCCCGCACAGGCCAGCGUCUCCCUGGACCUCAACUUCAGGCCGCUGUCGGCGAGCAUCCUGAGCAGCGAGCAGCCGCUGUCUGCCGGCCGCAGCUACGAGCUCACCUGCCGCUCCGUGGGGUCGCGGCCGCCGGCCCGCAUCUCCUGGUGGCUGGACAGCACCAUGCUGCAGGGCGCCGUCGAGUCGGUGACGUCCGACGGCAACGAGACCAUCUCCCGGCUGCAGCUGACGCCGGCGCCGGCCGACCACGACAAGAUGCUCACCUGCCGCGCCGAGAACCCGCAGCUGCCCGCCGCCGUCGAGGAGGACUCAUGGCGCCUCAACAUCUUCUAUGUUCCUCAGACUGAGCUUCGUUUAGGAGCAAACCUGAAUCCUAACGACAUCGAGGAAGGGGACGAUGUGUACUUCGAAUGCGAAGUCAACGCCAAUCCGAGUGCCUACAAAGUGAUGUGGAAGCACAACGGGGCGCCGCUGCAUCACAGCACGUCUGACGGCAUCAUCGUGAGUACGCACAACCUGGCGCUGCAGAUGGUGAGCAAGCACCAGGCUGGCAACUACACCUGUUCCGCCUCCAACAUUGAAGGCGACGGAGCCAGCAACACCGUCCAGCUCAGGGUCAUGUACAAGCCGGUGUGCCGGCCCGGGCUGCAGCGCGUGUACGCGGUGGCGCGGCACGAGGUGGCGCGCGUGCAGUGCCGCGUGGACGCCUUCCCGCUGCCCGACGCCUUCCGCUGGUCCUUCAACAACUCGGCGGAGAGCGUCGAGGUGCCGCCGCACCGCUUCAACUCGUCCGCCACCGCCUCCGUGCUGGCCUACACGCCCGUCGCCGAGAUGGACUACGGCACCGUGCUCUGCUGGGCCGACAACACGGCGGGCCGCCAGCCGCACCCCUGCGUCUUCCACGUCAUACCUGCUGGCAUCCCGGAGCCGCCGUUCAACUGCUCGGUGGCGAACCAGACGUCCGAGACGGUGCACGUGCGCUGCCUGGAGGGCUUCGAUGGCGGGCAGCCGCAGCUGUUCGUGCUGGAGGUGGCGGACGCGGCGGCCGGCCUCGUGCUGGCCAACCUGUCGUCGCGCGCGCCGCUCUUCACGGUGGACGGGCUGGCUCCGGGGCAGGCGCUGCGCCUCUCCGUGUACGCCGCCAACUCCAAGGGCCGCAGCGACGCCGUACACUUCGAGGGCGCCACGCUCAAGGCGGCCGAGAAGCAGACAGGCCCUCCCGACCAGCUGGAGAUGUCGCCGCUGUUGGGCGUGCUGCUCGGCUUGGUGCUGGUGCUGGUGGUGGUGACGGCCGUGGUGGUGGGCACGCUGAGAGCGCGCUUCAAGCGGCACCCUCGCAGGGGCGCGGCCGACGGCGGCGCCGGGGGCGGCGGGGGCGGCGACGGCCGCAGGCGGCGCAUUCCGCGGCCCGGCGACCUCGCCUUCAAAGAGAAGGCCGCCGCGCUGUUCGCGCCCGCGCGCCACGACCGGCACGACAAGGACGAGAUCAACCCGGACGUCAUACCCUCCAACUCCGUGGCAGAGACGGCGCAGGACUCGUGCGCUCAGACACCGGCAGCGGACGCCGAGACGGAGGAGGCGGGGCUGUUGCCCACAACGCCAGGCCAACCGCCACCCCCUGGUGGCUCGCUCGCCCACACCGCACUCGUUGCAGAGCAGCGGAUGCAACUUACUUCCAACGGACAGCCUCCGCCCACGAGAAGGGACGUUUGGGACUGUCCGGGGCCCGGUGUAGGCAGCCCCACAGAGACUGCGCUGCCGGUAGCGGCCUUUGCGCCUGAGCGGCCGUCAGCGCUGCCCAGCAGACUGCCGCCCCUGGUGGGCUCCGCCACGCUGCCGCGGCGCACCCCCGCCGCCGCCCCCGCGCCGACGCCCCCGCUGUCACCACCGGCCCCCGCCCCCGCGCUGCCACCUCGCCAGGUGUCGGCACCGCCCUCCGUCGCGUCGGUGCUGGCGUCGCCUGUCACGCCCACGGGCUGCGGUCACCCACUGCGGGAGAUCGUCACCGUGCGUACGCCGCUCAUGGCCGCCGCCCACCAGGAGAGCUGCGUCUAGCGUGUGGGACUGACUACAGACAUACACCUCGUGUCCCGGUAUCAACUUCUCACGAGAAAAGCUCAACUGUAGCUGUCACAACUCGUCACAUAGUAUCCGGCGACAAUACUGCCUAAUACAAGUGGAAGGUCCUGUUGGGGAAGGGUUAUGAACUGUGGGACCACAUUUCCUACUUCUCAGUAUCGCUUCCGUACCAGGAACUUUGUUUACUGACGUGAAAUUUGAUUGCCCUCGAACGCAUACCUCUCAUGGUGUGGAAACCUACUCUCGCAUCACUCGCCAACUGAUUUGCUUAAGUUCUGCUGUGCUUCUGAAGGUUAAAGAUUGAACGUAUUUGCUCAGAAGCUUCCAGUGGAUGAUACUAUAGCGCUAAAACGUGUACCUGCUACGCGUGUACCCAAAUCCAGCGUGACAUGGUGCAUAAUUAUAGUACACUGAAACAGGAUUAUCAUCUGUAUUGACCAGUAACAUAGGGCAUUCAUCAUAGUCGUAUUAGGUUGAUUCGAUAUUUAAUCGUAGCUGCUCAGUGGUUUUCCACUGGCACUUAAAGAGUAAAUAUAUUCGAAUGACCAGAGCAGCAUCUUGUGUUCUCUCUCCUCUUUACAAAUGACUCAUUAUGCUACUGACUUUGUGGUGCGUCUCGUCUACCCUCCACUGAAAAAUGGUUCACUUCCUGCCCUUCACAAAUGGUUCAUUAUGUGACUAAGAUUCCUAGGUGUUACAUUAAAAUUCACAGAAAAAUUUGAACACUUUGAUCGUUAGAAAAUAUUUCUCAGCUUGUCAUACUUUCCUGUUCAAAGGAAAGAUAAGUGCUCAGGAACUGUGACAGUUCUUUUCUUUACUCUUUAGUCUCUCUUAUUUAUCAUAAGUUUCAUUGAAUGUUAUUAUCUACUGAGGUGGUUACUAUACUCGUUUACAUCUGUAAUGAGUAGUAAAACUGUAACCUACAAAAUUUUGCAAUUAUCCUCAUUGUCCACGAAAUUGCAUCCAAAUUUUCUGAGUUGAUCUCAUUUGCUUGAUACAAUAAUAGUAUCUUAGAAAAAGGAAGAGUGUGACACCGAUUUUGUAUGUUGAUGGCGUUGUUUCCGACAUAAUACUCAGGUUCCCGUCUAAGGAUCUUUUCUACACCAUACUAAUAACAACAUGGAAUAACUUGAGUAUAUUUUAUGCUGUUUCAAUCUAUACAUUAUUAACAGACUUCCUCAGUCUCACUAAUGUAUGUGUACAGUAAAUAUACGGGAUUGAAGUAACCCUGGAGAUCAGUUGUACAGCCAGAAUGUAAUAAUUCGAUAAGUGCAUGUUCAUUUACAAGCUAUGAUCGUUUUGGAAAAUACAGUAUUUAUAUGUGAUGUAUUUGUUGAUGAGUACUGAUGUUUAUACAUGUGUUACCAUGUGAUUGGAAAAUUUUUAUGAAGGAACAUUCAUCGCAAAGAAUAUCAAUGUCUAUAUAAAAACCGUUGGGUGUUAAACAUUUAUGAAGACUGUUUGCUGAAGAAAAUGCAUAUCGAUAACAUGUUUAUUCUUCGAAUGAACGAGCGAAGAGAGUUUAUAACAAAUUCUACUGAAUACUGUUCAGUGUUCGAUGAAAAACUGUUGUGCCGCGACAUUUUAGCUUAUAUAUGCCUAUUCCUAAAGACCAACGUGAAAUUGCUUACAAAUUGUGGGAACUGACGUGACUGUGAGAUAAAAGUUUAUUAAGUUUUGUACUUCUUUCCCAAACUUCACGUGUCAUAUGAUUUUGGUAUUUUUGUAUUUGUCGAGAUAGAUCUCUAAUUAGUCAGAAGUGUAAUCCCAAAUUAGCUCAGCUCAAUGAAAUUGCAGUUAUCACUGAUGUAUGUGUCAUGAUUUCCUAACAAUGCAAUAACGUUGUAAUUUUAAGUAUAAGAGAUUUAAUUUGUAUGUCUACAAUACUAUACCGACAAACAUGUUUACACUUCUCUUUACUUUUCCGAAGUUACUAACAAUAUUCUAACGUUAACAAAACGGAUUGUAUACUUGGUGUGAAAAAAAGCUGCUCGAAACUGUAAGAGCCAUAAAAUUCUGUAAAUCUUCCAUAUAUGUAAUUACGUGAAAUAAAUAUAUUUUGAUAUGUUA